AUGGACGGAGAGAGCGAGGGCGUGCUUAAUGAUGUGCUGGUGGGGUUGAUCGACCUCGAUGCUGCCCCUUGGACUGCCAGGGCCCCCCAAGGUGUGUAUGGAGCUCCAAGUCGAUGGCUACCCCGUGGUCGCAGCAAGGCCGCCUGUCGAGGGAACCCCAGCAGCUUUGUUCAGCAGGACAGAAGCGGGACUAGAGUAGUACCGAAGAGUACAACUGCACAGCCAAGGUUCAGUCCCUACGGGGAAAAGACUACAGAAGAUCCGGAUUCAGAAACAGAGGUACGGGAUGGAGGUGGCCCAAAAGAGAGUAUAGCAUGGAGUGUCAGAGGGCAGGCAGGCUGGAUGGACGGUGCAGAGGUGCAGAGUACCGGCACACUCUACCCUACCAGAGGGCCUGCACCGAAGCGCAAAGGGGAGACAUACAGGGGUGAUGGAAGUGAAAGGUCGGAGGGGCCUACCGUGACUAGAAAACGGACAGGGGUGAGGGAUGUACCCGGUACAGGCCCAGGGACUGUGGGUACUAUGGGUACAACGACUCAGCGAGCGUGUUUUAAGGCUGCCCGUUUGGAGAAAGGCCGCAGGCAGGGGAAUGAGAACCAAGAUGUUGCUAGCACUGUGCUACCAGAGGGCAUAUCAGGCAGACCUGGGCCUUAUUUCGUAAGAGCUCUCUCGGCUGAAUGGCUAAUGCCGUGUGCCUCAGGUUCUUGGUUUGGAUGGCACACCCCCCAAGUUGCAGCCAACCCCAACGACUCGGCAAACAAGCAACCACCACAAGGUAGGGCCAAAACGGCCCAGUUGCAUGCAUAACUGCCUAGUAAUUGGCAGUAGCUGGCUGCUAUUUGUAUUUGGUGACUGGGCAGAGAGAUUCGGUGGACUCCGUACCAGCAGCACAAGACUCAAAAUUCAACAAACUAAGGCCGCCUCCGGAUUAAUCGGGGCCGGCUGGCUUGCUCUGUAAGAUUAACGAAGAUGCGAGCAGGGGAGCACGACAGCGAGACCUGGUCAGCUAUGCCCCAUAGCUGGAGGAAGGAGUGUGCGAGACUGCGAGUGUUGUUGUGCAGGCUUGGUGAGUUGAACGCGGGCUCUGCUGACGCCCUGGAGGGGGGUGGUGAUUUUGCUGAAGGCGCAAGAUUGCUGCGAGAAUGCGGGUGUGUAUGCGGAGCUUUGCAUGCGUGGCCGACAGUGGAGUAGGCUUGGAUGCAAAAUGCAAGGAUCUGACGGCAGAAGAGAGUUGUACAUGUACUUACAUACCGAGGAGGAGUGCACGACAGGCAUAUACUCGUCCAUUACCACCAAUGAAACUGGAGCAAAGCAUCCGAGCCAUCAUGGGUGGGUUGGAGACAAGAUACCUAUCAAGACGGCAUAUGAGCAGACCAUGCAAAUGAUCUGAGAGCUCUGCGACGAUCGUUUUAUGAUAAGCUGCAUUGACUGUGAAUAAAUAAUAACUGAUACCAAGACUAUCACCA